CUAGCUCCUAGCCAAAACGAUCUGAAUUGUUACCUCUUCCUCGCGACUCAGCACCUAGCGCUAUCUUGCUUUUUGUCACUGUCCAGCUGCCCUUGCACGCGCCUACUGUAACGUACCUGUAUCGGGGGCCUAAACCUUGCUAGCCUGAGGUUGUCGUGCGCUCCUCGCCUUGGUCUCCGGCCGGGCCUAGCAAUUUUCGCGCUCUAGCGCUGAUUCGCGCGCCCGCCGCUGCCCUUGGCCUAUUUUGUUUCAAAAGGGCCAACUGGCCCUAGAACUAAUGGCUGCAAGCACGCUCGGGGAUGCGCAGCAGGUCGAAUCCUUUGUGCACCAGCUCAUAAAUCCUGCGACACGCGAGAAUGCGUUGUUGGAGCUGAGCAAGAAGCGGGAGAAUUUCCCGGAGCUUGCGCCCUACCUCUGGCACUCCUUCGGGGCAAUCGCGGCGCUGCUUCAGGAGAUCGUGGCCAUUUACCCGCUGCUCUCGCCGCCGUCGUUGACAGCACAUGCAUCAAAUCGCGUGUGCAAUGCUCUGGCGCUGCUGCAAUGCGUGGCGUCUCACAAUGAGACGAGGGCACUGUUCCUCCAAGCGCACAUCCCGCUCUUCCUGUACCCCUUCCUCCAAACCAUGAGCAAAACGCGGCCGUUCGAGUACCUGCGCCUGACCAGCCUGGGCGUGAUCGGCGCGCUGGUCAAGGUGGACGACACGGACGUGAUCAACUUCCUGCUGUCCACCGAGAUCAUCCCGCUGUGCCUGCGCACCAUGGAGAUCGGCACGGAGCUGUCCAAGACCGUGGCCACCUUCAUCGUGCAGAAGAUCCUGCUGGACGACGUGGGCCUGAACUACAUCUGCGCCACUGCCGAGCGCUUCUUCGCGGUGGGCGCCGUGCUGGGCAACAUGGUGGUGGCGCAGGCGCAGAUGGUGGACCAGCCCAGCCAGCGGCUGCUCAAGCACAUCAUCCGCUGCUACCUGCGCCUGUCCGACAACCCGCGCGCGCGCGAGGCGCUGCGGUCCUGCCUGCCGGAGCUGCUGCGCAACACGCAGUUCACGGCGUGCCUGAAGAACGACGACACCACGCGCAGGUGGCUGGCGCAGCUGCUCAUGAACGUGGGCUUCUCCGACUCCGCCGCGGCACUGGGUGCGCCCGACGUGGUGCAGCCAUCGCCCGUCAUGGGCGCGUGAGGGGCGUGAGGGGCCUGGCCUGGCGCUCCCGCUGCCGCCCGCUCGGUUGGCCGCGGGCCAGACCCACCCCGCCCUGACACGCGCUUGGCGAGGGUUGGGCAGGAGCCAGGGCCGCGGCAGGCAAAGCUGGAGGCGGAGCAGUGAUGCGCGGGUCCAUACAGGGCCUUGGUGGUGUAUCGGGGCGAGCCAAAAGGAGUGGGGAGCCGUGGUCGGGGCGCGUGGGUGCGCCCAUUGCGUCUGUGCUCUGCACUAGGUGGUAGACACCGCUGCUGCACUACGGGCGCAGACCGGUGGCGGUGUGCUGGGUCCAUGUGGGGGCCGGGGGCCUCCGGGUCCUGUCGGUCGCUGCAUGCGGCACAGGGCGGCUGAAGCACAGCCACUAGGACACAUCGGGCAUGGCUGGACGCCGAUGCGUGUGAUCCAUGUGUGUGAGCCGGGGCAAGGAGCUCAGGGAGGUUGGGGCGCGGGUGGGUGUGCGGGGAGGAAGGCGCAGUGGCUAGGGUGCGGAGAGGGUGAAGGGAGGCGGUCGGCUGGGUGCCACUACGGCAUGAGGCGCCGCAUCCCGCGCAUGCCCGCAGUAUCUAAGCAUGCUCGGCGACGAGCCACAAGCUGUGCGUGCACUGACUUUGCAUGUAAAGCCCAGCCGAG